CGCUGCGGUCACGUGAGCGGUCAUCUGCUCCUCAAUCCAACAUGGCGGCGGCUUCGUCUGUCUUCCACAGAGUCAGAACUGGUUCUAAAAUCGGAGCGCAGUACGAUCAAGAUGGAAACCUGAUCCAGGUGGAAACCAGAGAGGAUGAAGAACAGAACCACAAACUGGCUGAGAUCCUGGAGCUGCUGCUGGCAGCGGGCUACUUCCGGGCCCGGAUCAAGGGACUGUCCCCGUUUGAUAAGGUGGUUGGUGGGAUGACCUGGUGCAUCACAACAUGCAGCUUUGACGUCGAUGUAGACCUUCUCUUCCAGGAAAACUCCACCAUCGGACAGAAGAUAGCCCUGACAGAGAAGAUUGUUUCUGUCCUACCGAAGAUGAAAUGUCCUCAUCGCCUUGAACCCCAUCAGAUCCAAGGACUGGAUUUUAUCCACAUUUUUCCGGUCAUUCAGUGGCUGGUGAAGCGAGCCAUAGAGACCAGGGAGGAGAUGGGAGACUACGUCAGGUCCUACUCCGUUUCCCAGUUCCAGAAGACCCACAGCCUCCCUGAGGAUGAAGACUUCCUCCAAAGGAAGGACAAGGCUGUGAAGGCAGUUCUGGAUGUCCUGGAGGUGUACAAACCUCUGAGGAAGUACAGGAGGCAGAAAGAAGCAGGAGAUCUGCUGGAUGAGGAGUCCAGGGUCCACUCCACCCUGCUGGAGUACGGCAGGCGUUACGGAUUCAGUAAGCAGCCCAAACAUGAAAAGGUGGAUGAGGGAAAGGCGUCGUUAGCCAGUCAGGCGGCGCCUCCUGGGAAGACUGAGGUGUUGGAGGAGGAGGACCUGCAGGCAGCAGAGGAGAUGCGAAUUAAAACUCUGAUGACCAGCAUGUCUGUGAUGGCAAACGAAGAGGGGAGGCUGACGGCGAGCGCGGUGGGUCAGAUCGUUGGACUGCAGUCUGAGGAAAUCAAACAGAUCGCCUCUGAGUACGCCGAGAAGCAGUCGGAGCUGACCUCGGAGGAGAGAUCGGAGCGCUACGGACCACUGCAGCAGCACCGCAGGGCUGUCGCCUCGCUCAGCAAGCAGAUCCAACACCAGACGAAGCAGCUGGAGGAGCUCCAGGCCAGACAUGCAGAGGUCAGGGUGGACUGUGAUGAAGCCAAGAAGAAGCUGGUGGAGGCUAACGAGCGCUCAGAGAAGCUGGAGAGAGAGAUGAAAUGUUUGGAGGAGAUGGAGGCGCAGGCUGACAGUGGCCUGCUGGAGAAGUUGAGGUCUUUGGUGAUGAUGAAUGAGAGUCUGAAGCAGCAGGAGCAGGAGUUCCGCACACACUGCAGAGAAGAGAUGUCCCGUCUGCAGCUGAACAUCCAGGAGUUAAAGUCAGCAUCGGGACAAGAUACAGAGGAUGAGAGAGAGAGGAAUGAGCUGAUAGACAAACAGUACAACUCAGAUCGGGAGAAGCUCCAGAAGAUCCGCCUGCUCAUGGCUCGUAGGAACCGUGAGAUCGCGGUCCUGCAGAGGAAGAUCGACGAGGUGCCGAGCCGAGCCGAACUGACCCAGUAUCAGAAGAGAUUCAUUGAACUCUACAGCCAAGUUUCUGCUACGCACAAGGAGACCAAGCAGUUCUUCACUCUGUACAACACGCUGGAUGAUAAGAAGGUCUAUCUUGAGAAAGAGGUGAAUCUGCUGAAUUCCAUCCAUGACAACUUCCAGCAAGCCAUGUCGUCUUCAGCAGCCAAGGAGCAGUUCCUCCGACAGAUGGAGCAGAUCGUGGAGGGAAUCAAGCAGAGUCGCAUCAAGAUGGAGAGGAAGAAGCAGGAGAACAAAAUGAGGAGAGAUCAGCUGAACGAUGAGUACCUGGAGCUGCUCGAUAAGCAGAGGCUCUACUUCAAAACUGUCAAAGACUUUAAAGAGGAGUGUCGGAGGAACGAGAUGCUGCUGUCCAAGCUGAGAGCCAAAGGAGCUUCGUAGCGGUCCUGGUUCAGCUGACCGCUGGGUUUUCAUGGAAAUGGUCCAUACCAGCUGCACUCAACACCCUGAGGUGUUUGUAUCAUUCCACCUGUCUCUUGAUGACAUCCAGAUCUUACAGUUUCAUCUCUGCUGUGUUCCUCCAUGUUCCAGCCGACAUUCAUCAACACACAGGAGCCCUGUAAAAAAAUAUCUGUUCGUCUUCGCACUGUGGACACGCAAACCGUUGAUAUGUGUGUAAAUGUCUGAUGCCUCCUGACGCAGGCUGAGCGGGUCCAGGUUGAUCUGGUGUCUCAUCAGCAUCUGUUUCCAUGCUGGGAUGUUCAUGAACAGCUCUGACCAGUAAAAUGUGUCUCAGAUCA